AUGAUUAGUUUGACAGUCAUGAUGUUUGAAUACAGUGUCACUAUUUCUCAAAUAAAUUAUUUAUUAUUUUGAUUGGGUAUUGCACCUCAAGUUAGUCGAACUGCGCCACAGGAGUCUUUUCUGUGGCCAACAAGUGCACUCCGUGAAAACAACUUAUCCGUAAAAAAUGUACUAGAUUGAAUUAUAACGUGUUCCUCGAACUGUAGGUGAGGCUGGGCUGAUUCUUGAAGCCAUUGAUUUACAGCAUAUUGAAGUCGCAUUAUAGUUAAUUUGAACACGGUACGACUGCUUUCUCGUCUGCCAGCACCUUAUUGACCCCAGUGUUUGUGUAAGCGUACACACCGAGUCCAGGCAUAACUAAACAGAAUUAUGUGUAUAUGUUCACAUCAGAUUAUAAUUGCAAAAUGUUUAACCUCAAUCUGGUCAAAAUUACAUACAAAGGAUGGUUAUAUGUAGAUCCCCAUACUGUUCUGGUAUACUCUUGUAUCUUAAUUUGAUUUGUACAACAUGAUUUCUGUUCAUUUGACUUUUCAGUAUCAUUCAUAUAUUUCUGCACGUCAUUCCUUUUGAAUUCUGAGUAGUGUAUGAUCAACAGAAUUUGUAGAAGACAAGUACAGCAGCAACAAUCCUAGUGCACUUUGUGGGGAGUACCUGCACUUAAGUAAGGAGUGGAGAUUCUGAUAAAACCUGUUAACUGUAGCAAAAGUAGCAGGGAUUACUCUCUUUCCCUGUAGUUUUGCAGAUAUUAUAUAAUUAGAGCUUUUAGAGUUGUGACUUUUUUUUUUUUUCCCUCAUAAAAUGUUAUGUUGUAUAAAUACCAAGAGCACAAGCCACACAGCAGCAAUAAACAAGGCUUUAAAACCGCGUAAUUGUCAACAUAAAUCUUUAAUAUCUUAUCACUGUCAACAUGAUCGCUGGUCUCCUUAUUGUUGUGCUAUUUUUUGUUUUUAUUUUGUAUUAUUUAAAUUUUAGAUUUCUGUCCAUGUUCUUCCAAGAAACACCCUUUGUUUGACAAGCUCUCAUUAUCCCAAGCUGAUUUAGUGCAGAAUGGCUUGCAAGAAGGCUUGUUCUGUCACGUGAUCUGCUCCAGCAGCUAUGAAGUGGGCAACUGGGUGGUCCCACAGCGUAAAGCUAGGACUAACCAUUCAUUAUUUCUUAUUUUUCACAGGGUUUCAUUGCAGACAUUAUGGAACAAAGAGGACAUUGGUAAUAUGUAAGCCUAAUCGGACUUGUUUAAUCAGUGUCUGAAACCAUUAAACUAAAUCAAGUCAGUCUAGGGCAAGAAUAUACCAGUAGCAGGUAAAUCACCUAGAAGACUGCUGGUGAUUACCUUCUUAGGGAUUGUUCUACGACUAUCGGGAGGUGUUAAAUGCAAGAAGAUUGUAAACAGUAUUUUUGUUAGAAUGGCACGAUUUCGAAGAAAAACAUGCAUCACUCUGAUUGGUUUAAUCUUGUUCAUAUUUGGAAUUAUGGUGCUUUUGAAAACAUUUAGGCCUGAAGGUGCAGGUUUUGGGAGCCCCUUCGGACUAGGACUUUUUCCAGAGCUGCAAAGGGCAGAAAGUGGUGACAAUCCACCAAACCAUCAAAAAGGUAUUGCAGAGAGCAAGCCUACUGUGGAUCAACUAAAAAAAGGCAGCACAGAAAGCACCAUAUCCUUGGAAGCCAAACUGGAAGAAUUCCCUGUACCUAAUUACAACUUGCAUGUAUUUUACUACAGUUGGUAUGGCAGUCCACAGUUUGAUGGAAAGUAUAUUCAUUGGGACCACCCUGUCUUGCCCCACUGGGAUCCCAAAGUUGCAACCAAUUUCCCUAAAGGAAGGCACAGCCCACCAGACGAUGUUGGGUCCAAUUUCUAUCCAGCAUUGGGUGCCUACAGUUCCAGAGACCCCUCAGUCAUUGAAGCACACAUGCAGCAACUCCGAACAGCAGCAAUUGGUGUGUUGGCCCUGUCCUGGCACCCACCUGGCAUGAAAGACGACAAUGGUGAGCCCACAGAUGACCUGGUACAAGCUAUAAUGGAUAUUGCACAUAAAUAUCAAGUGAAGGUCACCUUCCACAUUGAGCCAUACAAAGGUCGGGAUGAUCUCAGCAUGUACAACAGCGUUAAGUAUAUUGUAGACAAAUACGGGGACCAUCCUGCUUUCUACAGGUACAAAACCAGCAAUGGGAAACACCUUCCUCUCUUCUAUGUCUAUGAUUCUUACUUAACCAGUCCAGAAAUUUGGACUCGUCUCUUAAAGGAUUCUGGACAUCGCAGCGUCAGGAACACUGCAUACGAUGGUAUUUUCAUUGGUCUUCUGGUAGAGGAGAAGCAGAAGAAUGAAAUAUUAACAGCAGGAUUUGAUGGACUGUACACAUACUUUGCCACAAAUGGGUUUUCCUAUGGCUCAUCUCAUCGCAACUGGAAAUCCAUCAAAGGUUUUUGCGAUAGCAACAGCUUGAUGUUUAUACCCAGUGUGGGGCCAGGCUACAUUGACACCAGCAUCCGACCCUGGAACUUCCACAACACCAGAAACCGCAUCAACGGUAAAUACUACGAGACUGCACUAAGUGCUGCUUUGGAGGUUCGGACAGAUAUCGUUUCUAUAACUUCUUUUAAUGAGUGGCAUGAGGGAACUCAGAUUGAGAAGGCUAUCCCUAAGACAGCUGGCCAGACAACGUAUCAGGACUACCUUCCUCACAAGGCAGACAUCUACCUAGAGAUCACCCGCAAGUGGGCAGAAAAAUUCCAAAAGGAGAGAGAAAAAUGGCUUGUGUGAACAUGGAUCAGCAAUUUAAAUUACAAAUAUAAUUUAUUGCCUCAAUUAGGAAAGGAAUAAAAAUGCACUGUGAUGAAUAAUUAUAUUUCCAUUGAUGUAAUUGAUGGUGUAUACAGUACACUACCCUAUUACUAGGCACAGGACUAGUAAAUGUAGAACAGCUUGGAUUUUGCCUGUUUUUCCCCACUCAGACACCUUACUUAUUAAACAUCUUUGUAUCACUGGCUAUGUUUACGUGAAAACCACUAGUUUGGCUGUAAUUUCACACUAACUGACUUUCUCAUGCAACUCAGUCAUGAAUUCUCUUCAUGAUAAAAAUCCUUAUUGGUGUGGCUUGCAUCACCUCCACUAAGAGAACACACCAAACUCUUCUCAUAGAUCUCCCGUUCUGCUGAAAUGGGCAGCAGUAACACCAACACAUUUCCACAUGUUGAAAUCUCAAUGUACCUGAGCCGACCCUGUCUGCCAGAAGACUUUUGGAAAGAAAAACUUUUCCCCUAUUUACCCCAGCUAGCCUGCAAGCAUCUCACCAUACCUGCCUCAUCUGAACCUGCAGAAAGACCUUUUUAUUGUUGCUGGCAACAUUUUCAGGCCUGAACGGUUCAAUUAAGUGAGACAAAUUUGAAGAGCUAAUGAUGAACACAUGCAACAGAUUUGAUAAGUGAUGACUAUCCUCGUCCUUCCUUCCUGAUGUAAUAAGUGACAAUAUGACAGAAUACGUAACUUGUGUGUGAUGUUGUUGAUACAAAACUAGGUAAUGUCAUGGAUUGUGAGAAAGUUGGUUGUAUGCACCAAGCGAUUUGGUGACGGUUAAGAACAGUUUUUUAAACUACUCGCAAAAUUCACUGAAGCUUUAAAAUGCAAAGUGACACCUUUCAUUUGCUUUAGUAUCCCUAAAUCUCACCACUUGGCUUUUUAUUUUGUCAUUUUAAAACUUCUGUGAGUUUUGUGAGUAGUUUAAAAAAACUGUCCUUAACCUGCCCUAAAAUUGCUUGGUGAGUACGGCCCACUGUUUGGAAUUGACCAUAUUGAUUUAAUAUAAUUAGAAUUUGAAUGUGGGACAAAAGAAUUUGAGUUUAAUUUGAAUUACGAAAACAAAAUUGUAUUGGAAUUGCUGGAUUUGAAGAGGUAAUUGGGAAUUGAAUUAGUGGAACUCUGCUACAUAUAAAAAUAUUUGUUCAAUAAAACAUAUUCCUUAUCCUUUGAUUUUUUUGGUAUAAAGGGUAACACAUACCCUGCUCGAAUACAGUAAUCAUGUUUUUUUUUUUGUUGGAUGGUAGUGUUGCUUAUACAGUAUGUUUUGUAAAGUAGAACCACUGUGUAACAGGAUGUAAAACUGUAUGAGCCAGGUAACUGUAACCUGGGGACAUUGUUAAACCAACGCUGCCCAGUAUAAAGCUCACUCAGCUGCCCAGUAUAACUCUUGAUUUAGAAGCGGAGUAUCCAGUUCAAGUUUCCUAAUAAGUUUGAGAAAACAUGCUGUUGUAAUGAACCUGUAUAUUUUGUAUGUACUAAAAUCUAUGUAAUGAUGUUCUACCAAAACCACUAAAAUGUUCAUGUUUUAUUUGAUUUUUUAUUUUAUUUAUUUUUUUGAAGACUUAAGUUUUUGGGGUAUGUAAAAAUG